AGCCCACGUAUUCUUUUAGCGACCCUGAGCAAGCCAGAGGUCCCAAGUCAGAUUAUUCGUAACUGCUUUAUUUCCUUCUCCGAUGACGAUUGACUGCUGAUGCUCUAGGAUCGCGCGGUACCUGUUCGACGAAUUGCGCCGCCGAAGCUGGUCUCUUCGUGCCAUGGCAACGGUGCCACUGCUACGCCCCAUGCUCUCCUGGCCACCCUCGCCAUGCCCCGCCACCUCCAGGCACAAUUGCUUCGUGUUCUCUCUUCCGCGACAGCCAGGCCGCCGGCGCGCCGCUUACCCCAGGAUCGAGGCCACGGCGAGGCGCGGCGCGCGGACGGAGAACGCCAAGGUCAGGAACCGCCGGCUGCAGAGGAAGUACAACGGCACGGCGGCGAAGCCCAGGCUCUCCGUGUUCUGCUCCAACAGGCAGCUCUACGCCAUGCUCGUGGACGACCACGGCAAGAGGAUCCUCUUCUACGGCAGCACCCUGCAGGAGGCCAUCUGCGGCGACCCGCGCUGCAGCACCGUCGAGGCGGCUCGGAGGGUCGGGGAGGAGCUGGUGAAGGCGUGCAAGGAGCUGGACGUCUCCGAGAUCUCCUGCUACGACCGCAACGGGUUCGCUCGAGGGGAGAAGAUGAUGGCGUUCGAGGGUCCGGUCGCGCAGCACGGGUUCCUACCGAGAUAGCACCAUCGUUAGGAUAACAGAUUGUCUAGAAUCGGUAGGAAAGAUGUUUGCUCCGUGGAAUUACUGGAUGUAUGAUAGAAGAAGCAUGUAAGCCACACACCGUUCGCAAUGACAAAGGUAUUUCUCCAUUUGUCUUAUGAA